AUGUCCUUGACAACUUCAACAAUAACUCCAGAAACGUCACGUCCCGUCUCCUUUGUUGGAGUCUUAGAACAACCUGUACUGGAUCAAUCCCAUCUCAAACCGGGUCACAAGGCCUCGUUGCUUUCACACGCACAAACGCUCGAACUAUACCGACAAAAUGCCAAAAAAACUAACGACCCAGAGCUUCAAUUCCAAUUCGCUGCUUUCGUUAUUGAUACCUCGAAUGCAAUGACAGAGGAUCCGAAAGAAAGGGAAGAACUAUUAAAAGAAGGAAUAUCGUUGUUGAAAAAAUUAGCGGAUAAAGGUCACGCGGAAUCACAGUACUAUCUUGGAGAUUGUUAUGCGAGAGGGAUCGGCACUUCGAAAUCUAAACCUGAUUUUGAUAAGGCCUUUGCACUGUUCAUUCAAGCUAGUAAGCAUAUUCAGGGUAAUAAUAAGCAUCCUUAUCCGGAAAAUGCAUGUCGUGCUGCUGCAUAUCGUGCUGCUAUGUGUUAUGAACAUGGUUGGGGUUGUCGAAAAGAUGCGGCAAAAGCGUUACAAUUUUACAGAAAAGCAGCGCCAGGUCAUGCUGGUGCAAUGUACCGACUUGGAAUAGCCGAGUUAAGGGGAGAACUAGGAUUAGCAAAGAAUCCACGCGAUGGCUGCAAAUGGCUGAAAAGAUCAGCUGACGCGGCCGAUGAAGAAUUUCCACAUGCGUUACAUGAACUCGCCGAACUUCACGAACAAGGUCUAGAGAAUGUGUUAUUUGUGGAUAUUGAAUACGCGGUACAAUUACUUGCUCGUGCUGCGGAACUGAAUUAUGCUCCAUCAGCAUUUAAACUUGGUGAAUGUUAUGAAUAUGGAAAAAUGGGAUGUUCUCAAGAUGCAGCACUCUCAAUUCAUUACUACACAAUAGCAGCACAACAAGAUCAUAAAGAAGCUUGUUUUGCAUUGGCCGCCUGGUAUUUGGUGGGGAGUCCGGGUGUUCUUCCGCAAAGUGAUGCGGAAGCGUAUCUUUGGGCAAAACGCGCGGCAGAUCUAGGGUUACCGAAAGCAGAAUAUGCUGUCGGUUAUUUUACAGAAGUUGGAAUCGGUACAAAAAAAGAUCAACUAGAUGCAAAUGUUUGGUUUCGUCGUGCUGCAGAACAUGGUGAUAAACGAGCUCAACAAAGAUUAAAAGCUUUAUGGGAAAUUUCAGAUGAACUUUUGAUCCUAACGGAUUAUAUUCAACGUCAUGAUCAACCAAGGAGACUUUCCGCAGAGGGGCGGGUCCCCGUACUUACCUCUAUUACACAACCUCCGUUAAUUUAUCGACCGAUCCAUGAAGUGAAGCCAGGUGAUUGGCCUUACGAGGUAACGGAGAACCUAUUGAUAGAAAGAGGUUAUGGAAAAAGCAACUCUUCCGCCACCACUGCAGCCUACGAAAACACUUCAGCAACCAGGCCAUUACUGAGGGCAUUAGCAACUGAAGGAUCAAAAACAUCAGCCUCCUCAAUAAAUACGACAAUUACACCGAUAACUCCGACCGAUCCGCUUGGGGAGAAACGAUCACAAGAAGUUAUAAUUCCGAUAGAACCAGCGAAAAUAAUAGAUAAUAAUAAAGCGCAAGGACAUUCACAUUCGGAUUCUAAUAAUAAACGGGAUUCGAAAGGUUCAGAAGAUUCAUUACCAUCAUGGACAUAUAAAUUUUACACAUCAGAUACCGCAGAAAUUUCGCAACCACCAGAAGCUUCUACUUCACGUGCGGGAGCGGAAAUGGAAGAAUUAUCGAGAAAACUACAAGAAAAUAAAAAUAGUGAACGACAACCAUCACGAAAAAGUGCACGAUCAUAUUUGACUCCAUCUCAGCAGCAAUCAUCAAUUGAAAAUAGACAGCCAUCAAUAUAUCGUAGAACAAUAGUAAUAGAGAAAGAUCCAAUCGUUAUCUGCCCUCUUGGCUCAAUACUCUUUGUGUUUGGAUUUUUGUUGCCUCCACUAUGGUGGAUCGGGUCUAUAUUCCCGAGACAUCCGACAUACAUAUUUGAGCCUCACCGACAAUAG